CGUCGACACGGACACGGCGCUUCUUCUACUAAGUCAAAUAGACCAAACGAGGGAGACGGUCGUCGUGUUCUUCGUGUCACUGCGUUGGGCCAUCACUUGGUGAAGAUCCCUUGCGACGCUCGAUUGGGCAAGUUGCUUGUGAUGAGUUCUGUCCUCGGCUGUGCCCUCGAAGGUGCUUCGCUAUGUGCGAUGUUGAGCGUGAAGAGUCCCUUUUUUCGAAUUUACAAAAAAAGCGAGUACGACGCCCGGUCGGCGUAUCGAAGAAAGUAUCUACGUCCUGGGGGAACCAAGUCGGACCACUGUUUCUUAGCAAGUCUGAUCCUGCUCGAUGAACGACGCGUCCUCACCAGAGAUUAUUGCACAGACGUGCUUAAGCUCAACUACGACGCGCUCCACGAUGCGAAGAAGCUGCGGGCUCAAUAUCUCCAGUCUUUAUCAUUCUUAGGGUUUCCGGUGAACGCCACGCGACCAAGAGUAUUUGUUGGACAUGGAGGGUCCGAUGGGAUAACUACUGAUAGUACUGUAGUUGCCAGGACUGGAGGAACGUCCGCCUCGACAAGCACAUUAUCUUCGCGUGCAGUGGCUGAGAUCCGUCAGGCGCCACAGUGGUUUUUGCUUCGAGCUGCCGUGAGCGCCUCUUUCUUCCUCGUGAAAGCGAUGAAGCCUCCGCCAACCUACAAGCGCUUCGCGAAUGGCAGUAGCAUUCAGCUUUCUCCAGACCCUUUACUAACGAAGUACUACCAGCUAGAGCGCGAUCCGUUUUUGUGGAACGUGAACCUGGAUGCACGAACCGGGGAAUACGUGGAGCAGCGGAAUCCGAUGCGGUACCAUACGAACCCGAACUCAUUGUUCCACGCCGAAGGACCGACGAGCUGCUACCUGUGCCACACAAACUUAUUCUGCCAGAACAAUCAGUUGACGCUGGACACCAUGAGCGAGGCGGCGCCACUCGCGGUGUUGCUCUUAGGCACGUUCUCGAAAGAGCCAUUUUUCCGAGAAGACGGCCUCAUCUUCGUGGACGACGGGAAGCUGGUGUUUUCUACAACAGGAUCGUUGGACUUCCUCCGUCCUCCGUCACAGGCCGCUAAAAGUGCUGCAGGAGGAGCUGGACCUGCUGGAUCCUCAAACAACACUUCCAAGGAAAACACGCUGAUAUCCCAUUUGGUAGAGCGCUUGAGGUAUGAAAUGCGCGAAAACAUCCUAAAGCGGAAAAUUGAGGACCCGACGUACGACUUGGAAAGCAAUCCAAUCGUAAAAGCCGUAAAAAUGCUCAUAGCGACCGAUGGCAUGGGGUACUGAGAAGUCUGUAACGAGCACUUUCUGUUCAACGCGAUACUGAAUUAAGUACCUCCUCAAGCUAAGCCACAGCACCAGAAAAAAUUUAUUCCGCCCUUUUAUUUCGCAUUUUUCUACGCCAGUAUGGAAAAAGGAAGCAUCAAAUCGUUUGCGCCAGAAGCGGAU